AACUCUUCUUCAGCAGCGGCGAUCGGUUAUAUAUAUCUCCGGCGACUUUCUCCUUCUCCGGCGGUUCGAUUCUGAGAAGGAUUUCAAGCGAAGGAUUUCUCAGGUUUUCUCUAACAUUAUCUGAGACAAAUUAUAAGAAAGAACUGUAGAUUUGUAUUGGAUGAAAGUGUUUCUUUCCAAUUGUCUCUCUUAUUAAGAAAUCGAUGAAACCCAGUUUUCACUUUAGCUUAAGUUGAGUCUUGACUGUGCUAUUUCAUUAAGUGUCAGUGCUUGAUGCAUUUGUUCAACACUUUGCCUAAUUGAAAAAUGGCUAAACAAACUCAAAUAAUUUUUCUCGAAGAAUGGUUAAAGACUAAUAGUGGUAUUGGUCUCAAAACCGAAUUAAGAAAUUCUUCAUCUACUUCUGCUCGAGUAAUUAUUCAAGCAUGGACUGACCUCAGAGAUUCUCUUCAAAACCAAACAUUGCAGCCUCAUCAAAUUCAGUCUUUAAGAAACCUUGUCAAUUCUCAAACCACUGUUUAUGUAGCAGAACCACAAGCAAGGCUUCUAUUAUCCAUAUUAUCCUCUAAAACCAUCUCUCUUCCUUCUGAAUCCUUUCCUCUCUUUCUCAGACUUCUUUAUAUCUGGAUCAGGAAAUCCUCCAAACCAACUUCUUCACUAAUUGAAUCCACUGUUGAGAUCCUGUCUCAUCUUUUAUCCACCCAAUUUCGAUAUCACAAUGAUCCCUUUUUGUUUUCGGAGGAAGUUAUCCUUCUGGGUGCUUUAUCAUCUCUUAGUUCUGCUUCAGAGAAAUCAAGAGCAGUUUGCUUGGAUUUGCUCUGUCAGUUAUUUAAACAAUCGGAUAGAUAUAUUAUUGUCUCAUCUGACCAAAUUGUUGCCAAUAUACUCGCUGGGAUUGGUUAUGCACUAUCUUCUUCUUCGUCGUCGAACCAUACCUUUGUUAGAAUAUUAGGUUUCCUGUUUGGAAUUUGGAGAGAUGAUGACAAACUUUCUGUUAGCAUUUCUCAUACACUCAUGAUAUUGCAUUUAGUUGAGUGGGUUAUAUCUGGUUUAAUCCGUUCAAAAUCUUUGGAAAGAAUUGCUACGUUUAGACAAGAGGCUUUAGAGAUACCAAAACCAGAUUACCCUCCAUUUGCAUUGGUCAUGGCUGCUGCAGGAGCUCUGAGAGCUUCUCAAAGAGCUGUUGGAAACGAUCUUGGUCAGACAAGAAGAUCUGCUGAAGAACGCAUUGAGACCAUAUGUAACGAUUCUCUGAGUGGUUUUCAUUUGAAAUGUAUAUCAUUAGCUUUGGUCAGAAGUGGAUCUAUUUCUCCACGGGCUUCCUUCCUCCAUUGCCUUGCUUCAGCAAUUUUGACUGAAAUAUUUCCCUUGAAACGAUUACACAUGAUGAUAAUACAAAAUCUCCAUGGAAAUGGAAGUUCAGCUGAACAGGUGACAAAUGAGGUCAUGGAAGAACAUAUUGAUGGUACCGUCUUCAAGGAAGCAGGAGCUAUAACCGCUGUUUUCUGUAAGCAGUAUUUAUCGGCAGAUGAAGAUGACAAGAACUUGGUUGAGAAUCGGAUAUGGGAAUACUGUCAAGAUGUAUAUAUGGGACAUAGGAAGGUGUCUUUUCUUCUUCGAGGAAAAUCAGACAAAUUACUCGAAGAUCUUGAGAAGAUUGCAGAAUCUGCAUUCCUCAUGGUUGUUGUGUUUUCAUCUGCUGUAACUAAACAUAAGCUGGAUUCGAGAUUUAGCCGAGAAAUGCAGAUUGAUAUUUCCGUGAAGAUAUUAGUUUCAUUCUCUUGCAUGGGGUAUUUUCGAAGGAUGCGUUUGCCCGAAUACAUGGAUACAAUUAGAGCAGUGUUUGUGAAUAUUCAGGAAAAUGAAUCAGCCUGUGCUUCUUUUGUUGAAUCCAUGCCUCCUUAUGCUAAUUUGACUAACCAACCAGGUGAUUCCAUUUCUCCAUUGACGGAAUAUAUAUGGUUAAAAGAUGAAGUGCAGACUGCUCGAGUAUUGUUCUAUCUUCGUGUUAUUUCUACAUGUAUUGAUCGUGUACCCGCUUCUAUAUUUAGAAAUGUGGUAGCACCAUCGAUGUUCCUAUAUAUGGGACAUCCUAACAAAAAAGUAGCACGAGCUUCUCAUUCUGUUUUUGCGGCUAUUGUAUCUUCUGGGAAGGAUUCUGAUGAGGAUGAAAGAGCCAUACUGAAAGAACAACUUAUUUUUUAUUACAUGAAGAGAUCAUUAGAGUUAUAUCCUGAGAUCACACCUUUUGAGGGCAUGGCUUCUGGAGUUGUUGCCUUGGUUCGGAAUCUUCCUGCUGGAAGUCCAUCCAUAUUUUACUCAAUUCAUUGUCUAGUUGAAAAAGCUAAUAAUCUUUUCGUUGAAGAAGAUGAUGAGCUAACGGAGAAUUUGCUUGGAGGAGAGUCUGAUCAUCGCAACAGGAUUUUGGAUUUGCUUUUGCGGCUACUUUUUCUCGUUGACAUCCAGGUGUUACCGGAAUUGAUGAAGCUAUUUGCUGGUCUGAUCUCUAAACUCCCUAAAGAAGUUCAGGAUGUAGUUCUUAACGAACUGCAUUCACAGAUAGGAGAAUCCGACGAUGUUACUAGAAAGUCUGCUUUGAUCUCGUGGUUGCAGUCAUUAUCUUAUAUAUGUAUGCAAAAGACUGGAGGGGCAGAAACCGAUAAAUUUACUGUUUUAGAGCCAACUGAUAAUACAUCUCCAAAUGGAAUCACUGCACGACUCUGAUAACCAAGGUCAGAUGCUCUCCGGAUUUUUGAAUUUGGAUAAGGUAGAGAAAGUCUAUCAACCUGUGUCAUACUAAGUUAAGAAAUAUUUGCUUCCAAAAUGUAUGUAAUCUCCACACAUGUACUAUAAAUCUGGUAGAAAAUAUGAUUUUGAAAGUUGCAAUUAGUUUGACUUGACAUAAUUGGGGUAAUGGUUUCAUAUAAGAUAUUCAAACACUGUAAUUUUUCAU